AUGAAAUUCAUAAUUGCUUAUUUGUUAGUUGGGUUUUUGUUUGCAACUACCACUAAUGCAGCCAAACCAAGAAAGUAUGAACGUUAUGGUCAAUUGAAACCAUUCUAUGCUUGUAAUUACCAGAUUGGUCAAUCAGUUUCAUUUUGUCAGUCUCCUAAAAACACAACGUGUUUAUGUUCCAAUGAAAAUGCUUUGGCUACUUUUGCUGGAUGCUUUGCUUUUGACAAUCGGAAUAUAACUCAAGUGGUAGAUUAUUUGGUAGAAUAUUGUGAAGAAAGAGGUAAUGUCACUGUUGACAAGGAUUGGUAUGAAAAAUCUUACCAAAACUUUGUCAAGAAUGGUAAAACUGCUGAAGAGAUCCCCAAUUUCAAUAAAACUAUCCCCAUAAAUGUGCCUUUCAAACUUGACGAUACACAAAUGCAAUUCUAUCAAGAAGGGUACAACCAUUUUAUGGGUAAUUAUGAUGAUUCAUUGUAUUAUGGAGUUGGCGCUUUAGGUUAUUGGUUAUUGGUUAUGUUGUUUGGUGCUAUUUUCCAUUGGAGUAAAUUCUUAUUCCCCAAUUUAACCAAAAAAUUAACUUUUAAACCGGUUAAUCUUUGGAGAGAAUAUGUUUCUAUGCCUGCUACUUUUAGAAAAAAGAAAGCUGAAGAGUUUAGAUUUUUGAAAAUCUUUGAUUCUUUAAUCCCAUCUAGAUUUGAAUCGAUUGUCAUAUUUUUUUAUUACGUCUAUACCAUUGUUACUCAUGCAGUCAACAUGGAAGCGUUAGACAACGAUCCAGUGUUUUACACUAAAUAUAAAGCACAAAUAAGAUACUGUGCUGAUAGAACGGGUAUUACUGCUACUAUCGUCAUGCCAUUAGUUUUCCUUUAUGCUGGGAGAAAUAAUUUCUUACAAUGGUUAACUGGUUGGCAAUAUCAAACUUUUGUUGCUUAUCAUCGUCAUACUGCCAGAGUUAUGUUUUUCUUGAUUGUCAUUCAUGCAGUAUUGUUUACUAUUGCCUUGGCUGAUUACUAUUCUACGGAUGUUAAAGAAACUUAUUUGAUUUGGGGUAUUAUUGCUACUGUUGCUGGAGGAAUAAUUCUUGUUCAAGCUAUGCUUUUUUUCAGAAGACGUUGGUACGAAAUCUUUUUAUUUAUUCAUAUUGUUUUAGCAGCUCUAUGGGUUGCUGGGGCUUGGAUUCAUGUUGAAGAAUUGGGUUAUAUUUGGUUUGUUUAUCCAACAGUUGCUGUUUGGUGCUUUGAUAGAGCCGUAAGAAUUGGAAGAUUGAUUGUUUUUGGAUUCCCCAAGGCACAAGUUACUUUAAUGGCCAAUGAGACUUUAAAAGUAGUUAUUCCUAAACCAAGACAUUGGAAGUCUGUCCCUGGUGGUCAUGCUUUCAUUCAUUUUAUUAGACCAACGUGCUUUUGGCAAAACCAUCCUUUCACUUUUGUUGAAGCUCCAGAUGGUAAGAAUAUUCUUGUCUAUUGCAAAGUCAAAGGAGGAAUUACUCAUAGUUUGUAUAGAUACUUGUCCAAUAAUCCAGGUCGAACUGCUUCAAUCAGAGUUGGUGUUGAAGGACCUUAUGGUGAACCAACCCCUGCUAGAUAUGCCGAUACUGCAGUCUUUGUUGCUGGUGGUAACGGUAUUCCAGGUAUUUAUUCUGAAGUUACAGAUAUGGCUAGUAGAAUGCCCAAAGAAACUAAAACUACCAUCAAAUUGUAUUGGAUUAUCCGUGAAUACAAGUCCUUGGAAUGGUUCCAUGACGAGCUCAUAGAAUUGGAAAAUACCAACAUCGAAACAACCAUCUAUAUUACAAAACCAGAAUUAUGUUGCUCAUCCACUGACGACGGUAGUGAUGAUGCUGGUUCCAAAAAAGAAUAUGUGGCCCAUGAGAAGAAUGCAGAGGGUGAUGAAUCCUCACAAGGUCCAGAAUCCAUUAGAUCUAGAUUAUCCCAUGUCACAUUUAAAGAAGGAAGACCUUGUAUUCAAGAUUUGGUUGAAACCAAUUUACAUGAGUCAAAUGGUUCUGUCGCAUUUGUUUCUUGUGGUCAUCCAGCUAUGGUUGAUGAAUUACGUUAUUUCUGUUCUAAAAACGUCGAUAAUCCAGAAAAGAAAAGAGUUGAUUUCUAUGAACAAGUCCAAGUUUGGACUUAG